CUCGCGAAAACAACGCAGCAGCAGCGGAUACGAGAGACAAGCAAGAAGAAAGCACACACACACACACGAGCACAAGCACACGGACGAAGAUGGGCGGGUUGAAGGUUGAUCCAGCGAUUGAGCGAUGGGGUGCCAUGCGCGAGACAACCGUGCGGCACUUCCGCAUCACACCCAAGACGGCACGACAGGGGUUCUUGUGGGGUUUGGUUGUGCCUCUCAUCAUCUACGAGGGCGCCAUCUCUGAGAUGAAGAAGCGCGCCGUUGCUCGGGGAGAGGAGGUGCCCAAGUUCCCGUCCUUCUUCCAGUGACCACCCGUCACCGUUCAUGUUGGAGAACUUGUGUCACGUAUUGAGUGGAGUCGUGCUUGUACUGUUUUGAACGAGCGUUGCGUUCUUGUGUGCUGAGCCGCAUCUUCUUGUUGUAUUCAAAAGGGUAUGUGUGUGUUUGUGUGAGUGUGUGUGUUUGUGUGUUUGCAAAUAACCCUUUUCAAGUGUUGUCGUGCCUUGUCUGUCCCCUCCCACACCCACUGUCAGUUGUGUUGGUUGUGCUGUUCGUGUCGUUGUUUUCAACCUGUCUGCCCUUUGACAGCAAUAAAAGCAUCACCCCAAGC